AAACCGCUUAACAGCAAUGUGUGGAAUAUUUGCUAUUUUCUCCAAGGAUGGAGAAUGUAUCCAUCCGAAAUUAUAUCACGGCCGCGUCCAUACACUGCGCGAAAUUGGAUAUCGGCAGAGUGGCAAACAAAGACAUCGAGGUCCUGAUUAUACCGGGGUCUGUUGUCUACCAGACCACGGCGUCCUUAUGAUACACGAACGCUUGGCGAUUGUAGGCGUGGAAACGGGACACCAACCUCUUUAUUCGGAGAACGAAAAUGUUGUCAUGGUGGCGAAUGGCGAGAUAUACAAUUAUCUGGAGUUGUCUGCGGAAAUUGCCAAGAGACGCGGACACUACAAACCGAAAAGCGAUUGCAGUGUCAUUAUCGAGAUGUAUGAGGAGUACGGUGAACUCUUGUUGGAUCACAUAACCGGAAUGUUUGCAUUUGUUCUGUACGAUAAACGAGAAAAGACUAUUCUGAUUGCCCGGGAUCCAAUUGGAAUAAUACCCAUGUAUAUUGGCGAGGACGUCGAUGGUAAUAUCUGGGUGGCAUCCGAACUGAAGUGCAUUGUAGAUGUGUGCCCCAAGGUGGAGGCUUUUCCGCCAGGCGAGUUGCGUUACGGCAAGGCAGACAACUUAGUUAGGCGAACCUAUUUCCAGCCGACGUGGAUGUAUAAAACGCCAUCAAUCCCUGCCGAGUUGUGUCAACUGAGGACAACUUUGGAGAAUGCAGUUCGAUCGCAUUUACACUGCGAUGUCCACUUUGGAGCCCUACUUUCGGGUGGUGUAGACAGCAGUUUGAUUGCUUCCAUGGCAACGAAAAUCAUGCGGGAACGUGAUCCCAACUAUCGCCUGAAAACAUUUUCCGUUGGGCUACGAAAUGCUCCAGACUUCGGAGCAGCUCGCAUGGUAGCCGAUUAUAUUGGCAGCGACCACAAAGAAGUAAUUUUCGAAAUAGAAGUUGCGCUAGACGGCAUUCGUGACAUAAUCUUUCACCUGGAGACCUAUGAUGUGACGACAGUUCGCUGCAGUUUGCCUAUGCUCCUGCUGACACGGUAUAUCAAAAGUACCGGCAUUAAAAUGAUACUCUCCGGCGAAGGCGCCGACGAACUUUUCGGUGGAUAUUUGUAUUUCUUUAACGCCCCCAACUAUACGGACUUCCACGAGGAGUUGGUAAAGCGAGUCUCUCAACUCCAUCUGUCCGAUUGUUUGCGGGCCAAUAAAGUGGCAAUGGCCAAAGGUAUUGAACUGCGAGUUCCAUUCCUAGAUACGGCAUUUGUCAACUAUGUGAUGUCGGUGAGACCCCAAGACAAAAUACCGGGCGAACUCAAUUGCUUCGAAGACCAACAAAAGUAUCGGAUUGAAAAGCACAUACUACGGGCAGCAUUUGCCGAUGGCUAUUUGCCGGAUCAAGUUUUGUGGCGACAAAAAGAACAGUUUUCAGACGGCGUUGGUUACAACUGGAUCGACACCAUACGACGUGUAGCAACGGAACAUGUUUCAGAUGCCGAAUUCGCCAAAGCGCCGGAAAAAUAUCCAACAAACACCCCCACGACAAAAGAGGCCUUCUAUUAUCGCAGCAUAUUCGAAGAAAUAUUUCCGGGUGAAAGUGCUGCGAAGACAGUUACGCGAUGGGUACCACGACGUGACUGGGGUUGUCCCGAAGAUCCUUCUGGCCGAGCGCAAAGUGUUCAUCAAGUGCAUAAAUAGGGGA